GCUCAUACGAAUAUGACUUGUUUUGUCUCUAUCGCUUUCUUCUUCUUCUUCUUCUUCUUCUUUAGCUACUGUGAGGCACAAAAGGCUUCAGCUCUGUAUGUGUUUGGAGACUCACUUGUGGAUGUUGGCAACAACAAUUUUCUCAAGCUUUCCAUUGUGAAGGCCAACCAUUUCCCCUACGGCAUUGAUUUUCCCACUAAGAAACCCACCGGAAGGUUCAGUAAUGGCAAGAAUGCCGCCGAUUUCAUUGCCGAGGAAUUGGGUUUGCCAACUUCAACACCUUACUUAUCUCUGCUUUCGGAGGCAAAGAACAACAAAAACAAUGUAUCUUUCACGGGAGGGACAAGCUUUGCCUCUGCUGGGGCUGGAAUAUUCGAUGGGUCCGACGAACGCUACAGGCAGUCAAUUCCUUUGACGAAGCAAGUGGAUUACUACGUGGAAGCACACGAUGAAAUGGCAAAGCAAAUAGGAAUCUCUGAUUUACAAGACCAUCUCUCAACUUCCAUCUUCGCUGUUGUAAUUGGCAGCAACGAUCUGUUCGGCUACUUUGAUUCAUCCAAACUCCGUCACAAAAGCACCCCUCAGCAGUACGUGGACUCCAUGGUUUCCUCCCUCACAGCCCAACUUCAGCGAAUAUACGAUAAUGGGGGGCGCAAGUUUGAGAUAGCUGGCGUAGGCGCUCUUGGGUGCUGCCCAGCGUAUAGGUUGAAGAACAAGACAGAAUGUCAAGAAGAGAUCAAUCAUUGGGCACUUAAAUACAAUGAAGGCCUCAAAUCAACGUUGAAGGAAUGGCAAUCCCAGAACGAAGGUCUUACCUACUCUUUCUUUGACACCUACGCCGCCAAUUACGACCUCAUCCUCAACCCUUCUUCUCAUGGAUUUUCGGAAGUAAAAGCAGCAUGUUGUGGGCUGGGGGAGCUUAGAGCGAGGGUUCCAUGUCUGCUGGUGACUAGCUUUUGUCCUAAUAGAAACGAUCAUAUCUUUUGGGAUCAAUACCAUCCUACUGAAGCAGCUUCUCGUAUCUUCGCUGAUAGAAUUUUCAAUGGACCAUCUCAAUACACUUCACCCAUUACUAUGAAACAACUCCUAGCCCUUUGAACUUGGCUAGUACAUUCAUUAAAUGACAUCCAUGUCACAUAGUUCCUUUUAUGCUUGCAUCUUCCGCAUAGCAAUAGAAGUGAAAGUGAAAGUGAGUUGUAAAGGUAUGUUUGGUGAAAGCAGGAUAAGAAAUUUAUUUAUUGAAAAGACGAGAAUGCCCAUGAAAUUCAAGAGCAAUAUAAUCACUGAGUUUGUUUAGUCUC